UUGAAAUGAUAGCGCACUGCAAAAAUGGAAUCUUUAGAAAUGAACCCAGUAUGGUGCGCAAAUCAGGAUAUCUUGCCUGCGUUUUUUUGAAGCUAGUUUUCCAAGUAUUGCUGUGUGGGCGGCUAGAGUAUUUUAAACAACUAUCAUAUUUUUACGUAGCCAUCCCUUUCUGGCUUGUAAUGUCCAUUGCAAUCGUAGAUCUGAUUGUGUCAUUGCAUCACCUAGCGAGAGCUUGAUUCUGAUUCGGGAGGAAACAAGAUAGAAUAUUCGCCAAAUUUGUUUGUCAGUUAUAAACAGAACAUUUAGAAAACAAGGAGUUACAAACGAGACAAGUGACAAUCAGAAAGGCGAUUUGAUAAAAUGAAGUUGUCCGCCUAUAGUGAAAUCAUCAGUGCAGCUGAGAAGCAAAACUAUAACAGAAACUGUGUGCAGUACCUUUCUGGAAUCUACCCAUCUAUAUCCAAUGAGACUUUAUACAGCAUUGUGUCUCAGGCAUACCAGCGAUAUACAAAGAAGUCCUAUCCACAACAUCAUUCCUCGGCAGCAGUUGAAGCGUACUACAAUGCCUACAGUGAGGCAGCAGGAACUGAACCGCCAGAAGAAGUGCGAAUACUGAAACGAAUAUUUUGCGGAAACGGACCGGAAACAAGGAACAGGAGCAUAAAGUCAGGAUACAGUGGGACAAUGCAGGGUACGCAGCGAAAUAUCGUAUAGUACCCCGAGGUACUUUCCGAUAUAUCGAACCGUACCCAGGUUACCCUUCGAUAGUACCC